AUGUCCAGACCUGCCAGGGCACGGCCUGCAGAAAGAAAAAAUAAAGGAAAAGGAGCCAGACCCCCGCUCAGCAUCCGUGCGGAUGGGGUCCGCCGGCCUGAGCCCCGGACGGGUGGGAAGACGUGGCUUCUAGAACCGGACGCCUGUGGGGUGGUGGGUACCAAUCACGCCUGUGCCCGGGACCGGGCUGGCCCCGCGGAGCCUGGCCGGGGCCCGCCACAAACUCUCACCCCACGGCCGGGCCGCCAAGGCCCGCCCCGCCGCCCGCCCGCGCUCCGCCCGCCGCCGCUCGCGGGUCGGAGUUCCUUCUGGCUCUUGUCGGCGACGUCCAGCCGGCUCCCGCCCCAGCGCGCCGCGCGCGCCGCCGGCCCCUGCCCGCCGCGCCGGCCGGGCGCGCUCCUGGGGGGAGGGCAGGCGGCGGCGCGGACGGAGGUCGGGAGUGCGCCGCAGCCUGGCCAGGCGGGGGCCGCAGCCGCGCAGACCGCCCUAGGAGCGCAGCCGCCCACCACUGCUCAUGGCCGCCGGCUCCGGCCCAGCAGCCCGGCUCGGCCGGCAGCUGCAGGAGGAAGGGGGCCGCCGAGCGCGACUCCGAGUCCCCGGGGGGCCAACCGCGGGCCGCCGGCAGGCCUCCCGAGCCGCGCCCACGCCCGCCAGCCCCGACGGGCCAACUCCCGCCGGCCCCCAGGCCACCUGCUCCCCGGCCCCCUGAGGGCCACGAGGAGCAAGCGACCUGCACCCCGAUCCCCGCGCUGGCGGUCUCCGGCGGGGCUGCUGCUGCUGCUGCCGCCGCCGCCGUCGCUCUGCCAGAUCGCAGCCAUGCCCAGUGGCAACUCAACUACCACCACAAAGCCACCGGCCCCCAUCCAGCAAGAUGCAGCUGUAGUAACUACUAGCCCAGCAGCGACGGCAGCAGCAGCCCAACAAAGCGCAGCUCAGCCUUCCAGUAGCGCAGGGACAACAGCAUCCCCGGUGAAGGAAAGCACCCUUACAGUGGCCCCCAGCUCAGCGGGGACCCUACCUAAGCAAACCCCAAGCACAGCGGCCGCUGACGUGAACUCGGCCGCUGACGUGAACGCGGGCAGCCCCACGACAACGGCUGGUGGCUCAGCGGGGGUUAAAGAUGCAGGCAAAGGUUCAGGCAACACUACCCUCGUACCGCCCACUGUCUCCGCUAAGCCUGAAGCCACGAGUCCCCAGGAUGGAACUCAAAGUCCAACUGCACCUGGAGACCAAAGGAGCCACGGUGUUCCUGCAGGCGCCACAACCAGUAAGGAAGAAAGUCAGGCGGCCCCUCAACCUACAGAUCCGGUUACCACCGCACAGCCCACUCGUCCUCUUCCUCUUCCUCCGGCCAUGCCCACAAGCUCUCCCAAAUUGACUGGCAGCACUUCGGAGUCCCCGGAGAGCUCUUCCGAGGGACAACAACAUCCUACCGCAACUUCAAGUAGUUCGGGCGCUACGGCUGGCCCUGGCCUCACCGUCACGCCCCACGGGAUGCCUACCACGCUGUCACCGACGGUCACCUUACAAGGAACUCAACAGACCUCCAGCCAGAUGCCAGCCGUCUAUACAGACUCCUUCUCCAAGGCGGCGCCACAGCACACGAGCCUGGCACCGGGAAUGGAGACCAUGCCUCCCACUGGGAAACCCACGAGCCCCAUCCCUGCGUUGCCUACAACUGCCCCCCACGGCCCCAGCACACCUUCCCCCACCUCGGCUCCUGGGAAGAGCAGGAUAAAGUGUGAUCCUCCUGAAAAACCGAGUGAGAACCUGCUCGUCCUGAACCUCACGGGAACCAGCCUGUGUGCAGACAGUUCUCCUCCGGAUGACAAACUGGUCACACUUCUGUGCCGAGCAGCCAAGGCCUCCUUCAGCCCGGCUCACGAUGAGUGCCGUGUGCUGCUGGCACCAGUUCCAGAAAGCGACGCGGUGGCAGUCAAAGAAAUCACGAUCCAGACAAACCUCCUUCCCAAGGAUAUAUACGAACAGCUGAAGGACAAAUGGGAUGACCUAAAAGAGGCGGGAGUCAGCCACAUGCAACUGGGGGACCAGGGACCCCCAGAAGAGGCUGAGGACCGCUUCAGCACGCCCCUCAUCAUCACCAUCGUCUGCAUGGCGUCCUUCCUGCUCCUCGUUGCGGCCCUCUAUGGCUGCUGCCACCAGCGCCUCUCCCAGAGGAAGGACCAGCAACGGCUAACAGAGGAGCUGCAGACCGUGGAGAAUGGUUACCAUGACAACCCAACACUGGAAGUGAUGGAGACAUCUUCUGAGAUGCAGGAGAAAAAGGUCAACCUUAAUGGGGAGCUGGGGGACAGCUGGAUCGUCCCUCUGGACAACCUGACCAAGGAGGACCUAGAGGAGGAAGACACACACCUCUAAUCAGGGCUGCUGGCGGCCUCCAGCAGCACCGCAGAGCUCCGGGCCGACCACCCGAAGUGCCACUUGGACAGGGGAAGGGACAGACUGGGGAGGGAGAGUGGAUUCUCCUCCACAUCCCCCCAGGGGCCUUAAUUUUUCCCUUUUCAAGCUGAAUAAGUCACAUUCUGUCUAGAUUCCUCUUGUAAAAUAACCCACUAGUGCCUGAGCUCAGUGCUGCUGGAAGGUGAGAAGGGAGACCAAGAGCGAGCCACGUGAGAGACUGCAGCGGCCACCUCGUAGGACCCCUUCAGCUCGCAGUGAGACUUCUGAGGCCUGAAGAGGGUAAGGGACUUGCCCAAGGUCGCAGAGCCACUUGGUGACAGGACGAAAACAGAGUUUCCAUUUGCACCAUGCCACACUGCUGUGUUCACUCGUGCCCUCUCCCCAGAGCUGCCCUGGACAGGGGUGAGGCCCGGCGGGUGGACAGGCGAGAAGGGGCACAGGGCAGCUCCUGUCGCGGGCAGCUCUCACUACUUGAAAGCACAGGUCCCCAGUCUCCUGCCCGGCCUCGCCUGCCAGCCUUCCCGUGCCCUUUGCUCCCGCGCUCCCUUCACUCACAUCUUAUCCCCAUUCCAUCCCAGGGCCCUGGGAUUAGCCCAGGUUAUUCAUGACCUUCGACCCCUCGUUCUGGAUUCUGAUUUCCUCGCAUUUGCUUGAUGAGAUUGAAACUCGGGGCACGGGAGACGCCUGUGAGAGCUGGGUCUGCUUAAGGGGCCCACACGCAGGUGCAGAGGGGGAGGCUCCUCGCUGCAGGCGGGGGUCCUGGGCACUCCUUGUGGGAGCUCCCCAAGGUCUCCUUUGGCCUUCCUCUCCCGCUGGGGACCAAACGCUGCAGAAGCUACUGAGAGCCGGUGUCCUGCUCUGGUGUUCACUGCUCAGCCUGCGAGGCGGGGCGAAGGGCCUGAGGCCCAGUGGGAAGGAGAAGUCGCUGUAGGAGAGACCUUCUCUGUGGCCUCCAGUCAGCAGAGACGUCUCCACAGACAAUCCACUGACACGCCCAGGGAGGACAGGCUUUACUCUCUACUUCAUAGGAAACUCAGGGGCUUGUCAGGUUGCUGGGAGUUUUGUUACGUUUGUGUGUGUUUUAAUCCAGCCCUCCACUGCCAAAGGCCAAAGCUCAAGUUGUUGGGAACUUUCAGUUGGCCACUCUUAUUGAUUCUGACUCUCCCAAGCCUCGGGGGGAAAGAGGCCCAGAACGUGCAGUGCAUUUUAAGGUGCAUAAGGGCAGCCUGGGGGACUGUUUCCAGUAACUUCUUACUGUCUUGGAGUAGAGCUGGGCCUUGCCGUUUCCUCUCCUCCCCAGUCCUACGGGGGCUGCUGCAGUUCUCCUGAAGCUUCUGGUGGCAUCUCAGGGAAACACAAAGCCAUGUCCAGUCCCCAGUACGGGGUUUUUAUAGGCUCAGCGGUUGGCUGCCAUAUAGAAGGCUCCUGAGGACUGGGUGUAGUGAGGUUUGAUAUGAUGUUCUAAAAAGGGGGAGUCCUGUGUGGAAUUUUGACCUUUGGCCAUGGUCUCCACUAUUCCUGGGCACGAACUUCCUGGAAUCAACUAGGACGACGGGCAUAACUGCUUAUGGGAAAAUUACCCUUUCAGGGUAAAAAGUCCCAAUUCCAGGGUCCUAGAGGCAGGCCCAGGUUGUGAUAAUUCUGAUAAAUAGGCCAUCUACUUUGGAACAGCUUAUUUGAAAAGGCAGGGUGGUGGGGAGAAGAUCUGGGUCCAUCUCUAUCUGCCCAAUUCCUUCUUUAUCGCCUGUGGCCAUGUGUCCUCGGGGAGGAGGAAAGCCAAGGCUCCAGCUGGGGGCAGGGCCCCGGCGGCUCUCCUGAGCACGGAAGAGAUGCUCGGCUAACCAUGCUGCAGCCGCAUUUGCCCCGAUGCUGUAGUAUUUGGAGGUUGGGGAGGAUGGCGAGCAGUGCCGGUUUGGGGAAAAACAGAAGAAAUAGUGUUACACUGGAAUGAGGUUUGUUUGCUUCCUUUGUGCCCCACAUUUGGUUCUUUCCACCCUGUGGGUUUCUGUCCUGGCCUCUGUGGGAGAGGCCAGACUGGAUUAUUAGGCUUAUUGCUGAUGCUGGGUUAUAUUUCACCAGCCAGAGCUUUCGACAGAGAUGGCAAAUAUGCCUCUGCAGAUUGCUCAAAGGCUGCGACCCAAGGUCUCUUAGAGAGAUGACUGCAAGGGCUGGAGAGCAGGAGUUACGCCUGGUCGAGAGGAGCAACUGGCUCUGUCCCAGGAGAACCUCGAUAAGGUGUGGGCCGAUUUAGAGGUUCCUUCUUUUUCUUCAUCCAAAUGGCAUUGCCCUAGCCUUUUAGAGCACCUUCGGAACCCAAUACCUUGCAUCUUGCUCUUGCCAGUAAGACACCUGUGUCAACAGGCCAUACGGCCAUGCCUCUGUGAAGGUCAUCUUCUUCCCCCAUCUUUGCUGGGUCCUAAAUGCUGAUAAUUUCAGGUUCUGGGGCUGAGAAAGAAGUAAGAGGAACACCAGGAGCUCAGCCUGACUUUAAACAAGUUGUACCAAAGAGAGGUUGUGAUCUUUUUAUUUCAGUGGCAAACUAUGGUUUCCCUAAGCUGCACAGAAGGGCAGGAACCUUGAAUCUGACAACCGGGCAGAACCAAGUGGGAAGCAGGCUGCCGUGUGAGUGGGGAGAGGGGCAGCAGUGCUUGUGAAGGAGGUACAGAAUAUUUGCAUCGUAAGGCAGAAUACGGGUUUAAUCUAGUCUAGAGACCAGAUUUUUCCCCCUUCUUCAUAAGGAAAGCUAAGCUGAAAGUUUAUUUAAACCACUUUUUGAGCUUUAUCUUUUUUGACAAUAUACUGGAGAAACUUUGAAGAACAAGUUCAAACUGAUACAUGUAUACAUAUGUUUGGAUAAUGUAAAUACAAUGGCCAUAUGUUAAUCUACCCUGCACUGCUUUGAGUGAAUAUACUUUGAAAAAACACUGUGUUAGCUAAGAGAGAUGGCUGUUUUCUUCUCUGAACAGGAAUGUAAAUGUCUAUUGUAUUAGAAACGACAAGUUGUUUGAUUUUAUUUUUUAAAUGAAAAAUGAAAUAGAACAAGACAGGCUUAUGACAAAAGUAUCAUUUGUCUUGCAGAUUGGGCAUUUUAAUUUUAAAAUAUGACCCUCCCCCCCUCCCCAGCACACCAGCUCCCUCACAGUAAAGGCUGCAGUUGGUGUGCACUGGGUGGAAGGCGCCACUAGUCACAGAGGAAGGGGUUUAUAGAUCUAGUCCAAUCUUUCCCUACAGAAAAAGAACCUGAAGCCCAGAAAGAUAAAGUGACAUGGCCCAAAUCACAUGGUUCUUGACAGGAUUAAAACCCGGAUCCACAGACUGUCCAGUGCCAUGUGCCUCAGGAGAAAUCAGUGAAUUAAGGCCUGGUACUCAUGGCACCAGAAUGACACAAAGGACAGAAUUUCCUUCCCAAAUCUUACCCUAGUAAGGCUAGGGAAGGCAUGAAACAAGCGCAGCGAUCUCACGGGUCCUUUACAUUUCCUCCAAGUCAUUCAGAUCUAAGAUGCAAAUGAACAUUUCUAUCUACCAAGAAACAGUUUGAAUGAACUUUUACAUAUGGGACUUCCACUAGCAGGACUAAGGGUCAAAGGGAACAAUAUAGGGGUAGGCAGAGAGGGCAAGAGUAAAACAGUAGUCUAGCUUUUGUCAUUGUCACUAGCUGAUUCCCUUGGGCCUGCUGAAACCCCAACACGGAGUGAAGGGAGGGGACUGCUAUUUGAUGUGGGUCACUUUGUUACUAGCGAACGUUAAACACUUUGCCCAGGAGACUGGGGGAGCAAGUGUCUUAAGUGGACAGGGGUCUGAAGUACACUGGAAUUUACUGAGAAACUUGUUUGUAAAGACUAUCGUUAAUUAUUGCAUUUUCUUACAAAACUAUAUUUUGGAAAAUUGUAUACCGUUAAUUAAAGCAUUUUUGUGUAAA